AUGAGUGGUGACGAGAAUCGUGACCGAUUCGCCUGCUGGGGCGGAUUCUGGCCUGGUAUGGGCGCUGAAAUGAGCACUAAUGCAGGCGCCGGUACUUCAGCCCCGGCUGGGUACACGUAUGGACUUCCGCCAGUAGUUCCAAUGCCGGGUGCAUCAAGGCCUAGUGCUACUUUUGGAGGAACAAGACCAUCUGCUGCGUAUGCUGAUGAUCACCGCCCGAUCAAGCGAGAACAUGGGUUCCCCCCUUCUCCUAGCCCUGAGUCUAACCGCACGACUUGUGGCAUUUGCCCUGACGAGACAGGCUGUCAAUGCCCUCGGUCAAAUUGUCGCUGCCCUCCUUGCGUUCGAGGAGAACCAGACAGAUGUAUCGAGGCAGCCAUGGCAUCCCAUCAAGCUGAAAUCAGGGACGCUUUACACAGGGAGCACGCUUAUAUUCAGCAAAGCCUGCACAGAAUAGAAACGCUUGUUACCGAGGGUCACCAGUUCCUACAGCGCCAUGAACGCCACUUGUGGAAGCUUGAAAGAGACCACAAAGACUCUGAAAUCCGAGAUUUGAAGGCUCGUAUUGAAGAACUGGAUCAUGAAAACCAACUACUCACCAGGCUUGGCUCUUUGCAAGGUCAACACAAUCACCCACGACCAGCUAUUCACCAUCCCAGCCCACCAGUCUACGCGCCGCCACCAGUCGUUCCACCAGUCUUUCAUCAUCUCGGUCUUUCUGACACUUUACCCACGCUCAAUAGCGGGGUUCCUCGAUUCCUCGCCCAGCCAGCUGGCAGAUCUUAUAGUGAGGCUGGCAGAUCCUAUGGUGAGGCUGGCGGAUCCUAUGGUGAGGCUGGCAGAUCCUAUAGUGAGGCCGGCAUCUACAAUCUAGCUCCCAGCCCGUUUCCUGAAUAUACGCCAAUGUCUCCUGAGAUUAAUUUCGACACCUUCGGCGUGCCGGGAUUCGCACUAAACACCGCCCGCCCAAGCAGUCCGGAAUAUUCUCCUCCUUCUCCUACUUUGAUGAUGAACAGCUCUUUCUCAGACUCAAGGAGGAGCCCUAAGAGGCCAGCUUCUGCCGUCGAUGAUAGCGAAGCUCAUUUGGACAUCGACAGAGUUGUUCCCGGAACAAGUGUCGCUCAAGGCUUCAUUUCUGCACCAGCUCCUCUGCGGGAAGCUUCGUCACCUCGCAUCAAGAGGCAACGUAACAUCUCCCACGAAUAUCUGCUGGUCAAUUCACAACCAGACGAAGGAGAGUUGCAACGACUGACUAUGCAUGCUGGACAUACUCCCAGUCGUUCGAUAUCUUCUCCGUCAGCCGCGGCCGUUGCCGCCACAACCACUACUACUGCUACUGCAGGACCUAGUGAAGACGGUAUUACCCCGCCCGUUGCGUCUUUUCUCGGAAUCAAGGUCGAGGCGGAGGUCAAGCCAGAGGUCAAGCCAGAGGUCAAGCCGGAGGUCAAACCAGAGAUCAAGCCAGAGGUCAAGGGCGAGGUCAAGGACGAGGUCAUGGACGAAGUCAAGCCGGAGGUCAAGCCAGAGGUCAAGCCAGAGGUCAAGGUAGAGGAGACUGGCACUGCAGAGAUCGACUCCUUCUAUGAGAACGUCAUGCGGAACUCGCCACCGCUAUCACGACGACAAAGGGUUAUCAUCUUCCCAGAGCUUACGGAAGGGUUUGAAACACGGAUCAACGAAGCAAUCAGACGUCACCUCCAACCCAAUGUCGAGAGCUAUUCCCCUCCCACAAACCCUGGCUCUUCCAUCAUCGACUCUCCUGCCUCACAGCGGGCUCUCCUUGACGCCAUGGAUGAUAACCCUCUCGCCGGACCGCUGAUGAUUACGAAUAUCCCCGCGAAAGAUGAACUUUUUCUAGAAGCCUUGAAUGGAAAACUAGGGUCCAUAAGCCAAGGCGAAGAUGCCCUCCCCAAAGUUGUGCAGGAUCUAAACCUGACUGCUCAAUCGGACUCUGACGAGGAAGCCGAUGGCGUUUUGAUCACGAGGGAGCCCGAAUCAUUACUCAGGCAAUCAGGGACAGGGCAUGCUGGUGAGGAUAGAGAUGCUCCUGGGAAAAUUGAGCGACCCAUUCAAAUCGAAGAUUCAGACUCGGACAGCGAGCCAGGCCCUGAGAUUACUCUCAAACUUCGACAUACCAGCAACUUUGGGGCUCCCUUUGGAAGAAUGUAA